CUGCGCGCCUGCCUGUGGAGUUGGUUUUGAGUGAGAGAGAAUGGCUGGGAAAUGCAAUGCCCUAAUUCCACCGACGUUGUUGAUAAUGUUGACGGGAACGGUGAUGAUUAUGAUGGAAGCAGGGACAAGCUGGGCUUCUAAUUCACCCGACUAUGCGGACGCUUUAUCAAAGUGCAUACUGUUCUUUGAAGGCCAGAGGUCAGGAAAGUUGCCUUCUACCCAGCGUAUGACUUGGAGGAAGGAUUCCGCUCUUCGUGAUGGCUCUGACAUUGGUAUGGAUUUGGUUGGGGGAUACUACGAUGCCGGUGACAAUGUCAAGUUCCACUUCCCUAUGGCAUUCACAGUAACGAUGCUGGCUUGGAGUGUGAUAGACUUUGGGAAGUAUAUGGGGUACUGGGAUAAAAAACAUGCAUUGGAGGCUGUUCGAUGGGGAAGUGACUACUUGCUUAAAGCCACAAGCGUCCACCAUGUUGUGGUUGGCCAAGUUGCCGACUCCAAUGGCGAUCACAAUUGUUGGGAGAGGCCGGAGGACAUGGACACUCCUCGAACCUCUUAUGUAAUUAACGAAACAAAUCCUGGAACCGAAGUCUCAGCUGAGAUUGCAGCAGCACUUGCAGCCUCUUCAAUUGCUUUUAAGGCUUCUAAUGCUAAGUAUUCUGCAUUCCUUCUUCAUAGAUCUAAACAGGUCUUUAACUUUGCAGAUGGGUAUCAGGGAUCUUACAACUUGAGUAUUGGCGAAGUGGCAUGCCCAUUUUACUGUGAUUACAGCGGCUACGCGGAUGAAUUGCUCUGGGCAGCAGCAUGGUUAUACAAGGCCACACAGGAGGCUUAUUACUGGGAGUAUCUCGAACAAAACAUUCACCAUUUGGAAUCCAUUGUUGUAAGAAAUAUACAUGGCAAUCCAUAUGUAGGUGCUAGCUUUGCUGAAUUUGGAUGGGAUGCAAAGCAUGCUGGCAUUAACGUACUUGUUUCCCAGUGGGUGAUGAAGGACGACUCUAAUGAUAAUCCUUAUAUUCUCAACGCUGACAAGUUUGUAUGCUCCAUGUUACCCGAAUCACCUUCCAAAUCAGUCACUUACACUCCAGGUGGGCUUCUAAUCAAGCCUGGAGGAAGUAACACACAACAUGCAACAGCUUCUUCUUUCCUCCUAAUUGUUUACUCUUUGCAUAUGAGUAUUGCCCAUAAACUGGUUCGUUGUGGUGAUGUUGUUGUCACUCCAAGUAGGCUGAUCAAUAUCGCCAGGAGCCAGGUGGAUUAUUUACUGGGAAAUAACCCAUUGGGGAUGUCAUACAUGGUGGGAUUUGGCCCAAAGUUCCCUCGGAAGAUACAUCACCGUGGAGCCACCUUACCUUCGAUUCACAAACACCCAAAGAAGCUAGGUUGCCGUGACGGAGACAAGUACCUUUAUAGCCAGAAUCCCGACAUGAACCAGCUGACGGGGGCAAUUAUCGGAGGCCCUGCCGGGGACGAUUCGUUCAGUAAUUCCCGUAUGGAUGUUGGGCAGACGGAGCCAACCACGUACAUAAAUGCACCUUUCGUGGGCGUCUUGGCUUACUUCAAAGCAACUGCUCGAAAAAAUGUUGGUUUUUAAUUAAUUUCACCAGAUACACAACAUUUCCAAAUAAUUGGGUCAAUAUAUAUACCUAGC